AUGAUACAGUACGGAUAUACUCCAGACACGGAAUUCAUUCUAUCACUUAUUCAGAUUUCAGAUACAGUUCAGAUACGCUCCAGAUACGGAUGUCAUCCUGAUACUUAUUCAGAUUUCAACUAUCAGAUACAAAUUAGAUACGCUCCAGACACGGAAGCCAUUCUAUUGCUCAUUCAGAUUCAACUAUCAGAUACAGUUCAGAUACACUCUAGACAUGGAAGUCAUUCUGAUACUCAUUUAGACCUCAACAUUCAAAUACAGUAUGGAUACGCUCCAGACGCGGUUGCCAUUAUGUCACUUAUUAUAAUUUUCCCCAGCUCAGAGACGCUCUAG